GCAGCUCUUGCUGCAACCGCUGCUGCCUCUCCCGUCCUCAGAAACAGAGCAGUCACCACUGUCACCGUAUCCGGAACUACCGCAACCUCGUAUCCCCAGCCUGCCAUCGAAGUUCAAGGCUUCCCAAUCCACUCAUCUUGUAACGGAACCGAAAGAAGACAACUCGAAAAGGCCCUUGGUGACACUAUUAAGAUUGCCCAGCAAGCUGCUCAGCACAUCUACACCCACGGCAAUGAGUCUACUCUCUACAGCAAGUACUUCGGUCAAGCACCUACUGCUGAAGUGAUUGGUUGGUACGAGAAGCUUGUUUACGGAGACCAUGACCGCGUUCUCUUCCGCUGCGAUGACAUCGAUGGAAAUUGUCACCAAGAAGACGAGACUGUGAUCUGCCCUCUUUCUUACACCACACGUCAACCCCUCGAAGCCUUGUGCGGAAACGGCUAUACUGUUGCCAAUGGCAAACUAGCCACCUACUUUGCAGCCGACUUGAUGCACCGUCUUUACCACACAACUAAGAUCGGCGAAGGCGCUGCCGAGCACUACGCAGACACAUAUACGGAGUGUCUUGGGUUGGCACAGGAGAACUCCACCCAGGCUGUCCGCAACACUCACUCUCUGCAAUACUUUGCCUUGGAUGUCUAUGCUAUGGAGGUUGCUCUGCCUGGCGAGGGAUGUACUGGUACGCCUACUGAGGAGGAGAGCGAUGAUUCUCACGCUGCUGCUGCGCCUGCUUCUUCUGCGUCCUCGUCUGCGUCCUCAUCUGUUUCCUCGUCUGCAGCCGCAACUUCCGCUGCUAGCACCACUGCUUCGCAAAGCGCAUCCAAGACCACUAGCGCCGGCACUGAAUGCCACACCCACGCUGGUGGUGAAGUCCACUGCGCCGAUGUUGCUCCUGCCGAAACAGCUUCCAAGACUACCAGCGCCGGAACUGAGUGCCAUACUCAUGCUGACGGGGUUGUUCACUGUGCC